UACAUAUCACUUGUCUGUUUUCCCUGCUCGCAAAAAAACCCGACAAUAUACCAUUUCGAAAGUAACCCAGCACGCCUCUGACCUAGGAAAAAACAUUUCAUACACUUUAUUCAUUCAAAUUACAUUGUGCAUAGUCUAUAAUCAUAUUUCUUCGUUCUUCAAUUUCUUACGGUAAAAUUUCCUCAUUUAAUGCGCGAAUAUCGACGGAACACUAGUAGUAGUACCGGUCAUGGUUUUCUUAGUUUACGUAUUUUUAGUACCUUUCGUUAGGUACACAAUCGGGAAUAGUAUGUUAGAAGAAUGUGCGAAGUACUACAAACCAACAAACUACCUAGCUCUCCUACCCAACCUAAAAAUGCCUUAUAUAGGUGACCUAGCAAUUCCUGACAAUCAACACACGAACAACUAUAAUAACCUCCAAAAAAUCAAUCCAUCUCCGGUGGUAACUACCAAAGUACUAACUCUGAAGACAAAGUACGUUUAUAAGAACCCUGUCUGUAUUAAAACCACGAAGAAGAGGAGGUAUUGUGCCCCUGAGGAUGCGAAAAAGAAGCAAAACGUUGAGAAGUUGGUUACGAAGGAGUAUUUUGUCGAUGUGGAUGCCUUGAAGAAGAGGGAAGAUGAGAAUGAUGAGGAAGAGACUUUUAAUUUGGAGGUGUCGUUUGAUAAUGACGUAGAAUCAAGUGAAACUGGUGAAUCACCAGAAGAAUACCGAUCACUAGUCACUCCACAACUUGCACCUCACAAAAUCAACGAACUUUUGAUUGAAGAUCGACUAGCUCAACUCGAAACUAUCCUGCCUCAGUACCAGAGAAGACGCGUAUUCGAAACCAGUACGAUUUUCGUGACAAAAACGAUCAAUAACAAGAGAAAUAUGGCAACAUUGAUUGCAAAAAAUUGCAUUCCGCUGGGGUACGAACUUUGCCGAAACAUUAAACCCCAAAAAAGACGAAGUAAAUUAGAGAGAGGAUGGUAUUGAGCUUUUUUUUAAAUAUAAAGCUUUAUAGAUUUUCUUCUAUUUUUUUUUGAUAAAUGUGACUCUCAUCACACCUUAACAUGUUUGUCAAAUCAAAAAUAUUAAUAAAUAGUGUUCUAUGAAAUAUCUCCUUUGUAUUUAUUAUUUAUCUCUAUUUUGUUUCUGUUUUAUUUUAUUUAUUAAAUUAUAAUUUGCUAUAGUUUUUCCAGGAUGAUAGUGAUUUUAUUUUUAUUUUAAGACUUUUAGGCCUUAAGACUUUUUUAACAGAGCUAUACAUAUUAGAUUUUCAAGGAAAUACGAAUAUGUAGUAUAUAGUAUA